AUGAAAUUUGACAGCAUACUUUCAGAAAUUAAUGGAUUUGGAAAAUUCCAAAUCCAGCUAGUCUUGAUUCAGGUGCUCUCUCGAAUGACUUUGCCGUGUCACUUUCUGCUGAAUAACUUCAUGGCAGCUGUUCCCUCUCACCACUGCAACAUCACAGCUCUGGAUGAUGGCGGCGGCGUCUUUGGGAACUUAACUCUGGAACAGAAACUGGUUGUUGGUGUUCCAGCAGAGCAGGAUGGAACUCCGAGGUCCUGUCAGAUGUUUUCAAAGACCCAAUAUCAACAUCUGUCCGGCUUGAACAGUAGCGAGGAUGCAUUAACUGUUCAGUGUCAGAACGGAUGGGUGUAUGACAACCGCACAUUUAAAUCUACUUUGGCAACAGAGUGGGAUCUUGUGUGCAGCAGAAAAGGGAUGAACAAGGCAACAGCCACUAUUUUCUUCAUUGGUGUUAUGUCUGGAGCUCCUUUAUUUGGGUAUCUCAGCGACAGGUUUGGCCGACGACCGCUGCUGUUGGUGUCUUACUUGUCGUCCAUCACGUUUGCAGUCCUGAGUGCGUUCUCCACAUCGUAUGUGAUGUUUACCAUCAUGAGGUUUUUUACAGGGAUGUCCCUCGCAGGAAUAAGUAUCAUCUCCAUUGUUCUAAAUGUUGAAUGGUUCAGCAUCGAGCACAGGACCUUUUCUGGUAUAAUCACAAGCAUGGAUUGGACACUUGGAAACUUGAUUCUGGUUGGAAUUGCAUACUUUAUAAACGAGUGGAGGAUGCUCAUUGUGGCAGUGACCUCACCCUUGAUACUCUCCGUCAUCGCUUGGAGGUGGCUUCCAGAGUCUGCGAGGUGGCUCCUGGCCAACGGGCAGGCGGACGCUGCUCAUUAUUACAUAACGCAAUGUGCCAAGAUGAACAACAGAACCAAGGUUAUGGACACGGUCACACCAACGGAGUUACUGGAAUCUGCACAAGGUGAAACUAACGAUAAUAAAUACACUAUCGUGCAUCUUUUCAAGACUCCAAAUAUCAGGAAACUUUCGAUAUGCUUAGGAAUAGUAUGGUAUGGAGUUGCAUUUACAUACUAUGGAAUAAGUCUGAAUAUCACUGGGUUUGGACUAAACCCAUACGUCACACAAUUCAUAUUUGCAUCCAUUGAAUUGCCAAUGAAGAUUUCUGUGUAUUUCUUCUUGGAGAAAGUUGGUAGAAGGCCUGGUCAGAUGGGAGCCAUGAUGUUAACUGGUCUCUGUCUUUUCAUCAACUUGUUUGUUGCAAAAGAUAAGUGGGUCAUUCGUACUGUUGUGGCCGUCCUUGGAAAAUCCAUGUCAGAAGUCUCUUUCACGAUCGUGUUCCUCUUCACAACUGAACUCUUUCCUACGGUCGUACGACAGAAUGGUGUAGGCUACACCUCCUUUAUAGCCCGGCUGGGCGUUUCCAUAUCUCCACUCAUCAUGCUAUUGGAGGACGUGUGGCAUCUCCUCCCUGAAGUCACUUAUUGUGCGGUGGCAGUCGGAUCUGGUUUAGUGGCUUUUCUCCUGCCUGAAACAUUGAACGCUCAACUGCCAGAGUACAUUGAGGAUAUUGAGAAACCAAGGUAA